AUGGUGAACAACGCUCCCGAGGUCGAGGUCGCCGACGAGGUCGAGGUCUCUGGCGAUGCCCCCAAGGGUCAGAUGUCGGUCCUCGACGCCCUCAAGGGUGUUCUGAAGCUGGCUCUCAUCCACGACGGUCUUGCCCGUGGCCUCCGUGAGGCUUCCAAGGCCCUCGACCGCCGCCAGGCCCAUAUGUGCGUUCUGAACGAGAACUGCGAGGAGGAGGCCUACAAGAAGCUCGUCAUCGCUCUCUGCUCCGAACACAAGAUCCCCCUCAUCAAGGUCCCUGAUGGCAAGCAGCUCGGCGAGUGGGCCGGUCUCUGCGUUCUCGACCGUGAGGGCAACGCCCGCAAGGUGGUCAACUGCUCUUGCGUCGUCGUCAAGGACUGGGGUGAGGAGUCGCAGGAGCGCUCUAUCCUCCUCAACUACUUCCAGACCGAGCAGUAA